GAUCCCAUCUGAGUGUCAGUAAGGUCAGCAGUGUGACGAUAAGGAACACGGCUAACACACAACUUACAUUGGACGGCUCCUUAUUCUCAAUGGCUGGUUUUCGGGUAAUCCAUUUUGCUGUUCUGAGCCUUGCUGUCAUAACUGUAGUAGAAGGGUUACAGUGUUUCCAGUGUACCGGUGUAUCAGAACCAAAGGACUGCACCACCGUCGGUAACUGCUCUGAUCAUUACCAAUGUUUCACUGAUUUUUACGUUACUGAACAAGGAUUUUUGUACUACGACUUGGGUUGUCGUAUCGAAGAUACUUGCCGGGUUUUGAAUGGUCGAAAACGAGCGGUGGCCAAUCCUGCAAAGAGACAGUUUGAAAACCUGCAUCUGUGUGAAGAGUGUUGUACGACCGACUUCUGCAACAGACAAGGAUGCCCUGACAAAGCUGUAAACUUAGUCAACAGCACCGUCUGCUUGAAUUGCGCAGACGCAGAAAAUCCCGGAAAUUGUGACACAGUUGACGUCUGUAACUAUGAUGAGAUUUGUUUGGCUACUUUAGUCCUCACCGAGAAUUUUCAGGAAAGGUAUCAAUUACGCUGUGAAAAGAAACAUGUUUGCCAGGAUUCACUCUCCGGCCAGUUUCAUGGGCAUCCCAAAUCAGCACCGCUUCCAUUUGGCAAGAGACAGUUCACGUUCCCCUUGACAGAGUGCGAGUACUGUUGUGACAAAAGCUUCUGUAACAGCAAAGAAUGUGUCAAAGGAAUGCCAACAACAACAACUCACAAACCUACGACAACAACUCAUAAACCAACUACAACAACAACUCAUAAACCAACAACAACAACUCAUAAACCAACAACAACAACCCACAAGACAACUCAUAAACCAACAACCACCACCCAUAGAACAACACACGCCACCCACAAGCCGCAUCCCACAACUCAUAUACCAACUACAACUCAUAAACCAACAACAACAACAACUCAUAAACCAACAACAACAACUCAUAAACCAACGACAACAACUCAUGCGACAACUACAACAAAAUUAACAACAACUACUACUAUCCCAGUUUGUGGUCCCAAAGCAGCAGAUAUUAUUUUUGCUUUGGAUGCUUCGGAGAGUUUAACCGCUGCCGAUUUUGAAAUUGAGAAGGAGUUUGUUUAUAAUUUUACCAAACAGUUUAAGAUUGGAAGAGACAAUGUCCAGUUUGGAGCCAUAACGAUAGCAGACCACCCUCACCCAGAUUUCUAUUUAAAUACCUACCAUGACCGACGUCAUCUUUUAGAUAAAAUUCAAAGCCUCGUUUUCCUUCAGUCGGGUACAAACACAGCUGACACUCUCAAAAUCAUUCAUGAUGAGAUGUUCAAAGGCGGUCAUGGCGGCCGUCAUUCCGCCUCGCGCAUCGUAGUAGUUCUAACAGACGGUAUGUCAAAGGAGACCAACAGAACCAGGGAGGAGGCCCAUAAUUUGCAAAAAGUUGCCACUGUCCAUGCAAUAGGGAUAGGGUCUCUAGUAAAUAACGAGGAGUUGGCGGCCAUAGACUCCAACAGAAAACCGGGUACUGUGACGGGAUUUGACGUCCUCCAUACGAUGGGGGAUUACCUGAUGGAGAUAGCGUGCCCGGGGACACACACAGGUUCGCAUGCUUCGCAUGGUUCUCAUACUCAUAUCACGUCAGUUGUUGGAUAAUGAUGAACUACUGAUGACGUAAAUUUAAUAAAGCUGCAGUUCUUAC